GCAAAGGGGUCUGAAUCCGCGGUGUGCGCAAUGGAGAUAAGUUGCUUUAAGCAGUUGCUUAAAGCUCUUACUGGCAGUUGUAGGUCUUCCCGUUACUAAUAUGAUUGACCUUUUCUUAAAGAGAUGAUCAAACAGUAUCCGCAACACUGAAGGAUUGAUGCUCUAAAGGUCUACCAUUACAACGUGGCUUUUUUUUUUUAUAACAUUUUUACCGUUAAGGAUUACAACAUGGCAGGAAUCUCUGCGAUAUUUUUACUCUUUGUCACAUCUGUGGUCUGUGUAUCAGACAUCUGCCGUGGACCGCGCUGCUUUUCUGGUCAGGACUGGAGCAGACCGUGCGUCGGAGCGCUGUGCCAAGGGCGCACGGAGACAUCCUCGUCCCGACGGCAGUUUGACCAAUCUGCACAAUCCAGGCAAGGACAAGUCUAUCCGACCUACCAACAGGAUGCUCAUUUCCGUCAGCCCAAAGCACAGAGCGCGCCCUUAGCGUCGUACACCGUCAUCCAGCCUCAGCACGGAGGCUUUACGCAGGCAGUGGGCACGGAUGGCACCAGGAGGACGAACCCGAGGACCAUCACGGCGGAGGUGUUCCACCCUGGCUGUGCCGGAGGGACCUGUCCGACGACGGUCUCUCAUCGCUCCACAAGUGAUGACAGUGCAACGCGGGAGUGCAAAGGGAUUGGAUGUAAAUUGCCUUCCCGAAUGCGUCAGAAGAACAGUAAGCUUUGCGUCGGAGACGGUUGCAGUACGCAAGGAGACGACGGGAGAGGAAGCUCGUCACCUGUUCAUGUGACGGACAGAGCGGCACAAUUUCUGGAUGAGCUCCCAGACUCUCGGGGAUGGAUACAGCUGACAUGUGACAUGAAACCAGGGAACAACGAAGUUCCCUCGGAGGAUGCUCUAGUCUUGCACUUGCAGCUGUCUAAGAGUCAGGAAAAGUUGGUGGAGGCCCUCAAGGGCCAACAGAACGAGAUCAAGGAGCUACAGAGUCUGCUCAGUGAGCAGCAAGGAAUGUUGGUCAACCAGCAAAGAGAAAUACUUGACCAGCAGAGGAGGAUGUAUGACCAGAUGGAGCAAGUAAAAGCCCAGUACAACAUACUGAUGGACAGCAUCAAACAAACAUCUUUCCAGAACCUCCAGGGGGAAUUGGACAGUCACAUGGAAACCUUGAGCGGACAGGUUAGAGCUCACCGAGCACAGCAGGCUCUCUCUUUGCACAAAGUGGACAUGGAGGCCACUGUGAUGGAGGUGGGCCGGUCCCUUUUGACCUGUGGCAGCUGUGGCCCUGAGGAGUACUGUGGCUACAGCAGCGGCCGUCCCCGCUGUGAGAAGUGCACCGUCUGUCCUGCCGGGUUCUUCCUAGUCGCGCAGUGUUCAGUGCACGCAGACAGGAUCUGCCAGGACAGAGAUGAAUGUCUUGAAAUAGCUGAUCUGUGUGGAGGUCAACAGAAGUGUCUUAACACUCCAGGUGGAUUCAGAUGCCAGGGCAUGACAGAGCGAGAAGCACACUCAGGAAUGUGUGGCCAUGGCUACUUCUUCAACUCAGAGAUGGACGAAUGUCAAGCCUGCAAUGAGUGUGAUGGACAAACCACAGUUUCUCCUUGCACCAUUACCACAGACACUGUCUGCUCUGGCCAUAGUGCUGGCCACAGCACCCUCUCACAGUCUUGGUAUGGAGAUGUGACUCUCCAGGGAGAAAAAGGACACGUCCUGGCUCAAGCCUUCCCCAGUGUGCAGCUUCAUAUAGAGGGAAGAGGCGAUGAUCUGGUGUCCAUUGAGGACGGGCGCCUGGUUCUCAGGCAGCACGGUCUCGUCUGGCUGGAUGAGAAUCUCUCAGUGAGCCAUGGCUGCCGCAGCUUCAUCCAGGUAUGUCUGCGCAUGAACAACACAGAAGGCUCUGAAGGUCGUGACCUCAGUGGGAUUCGCGUGGAACAGCGGGAGGGCAGGUCGCCCCAAGGUGUCAGCAUCAGUGGGGUAGCAGAGGUUGCCCCGGGUCACAUCAUGUCCCUCUUCCUCCGGAGUGCCAGCCACCACUGUAACCAAAGCACUGAAGGUCUGCAGCUGUUUGGCCCCUCCACAGCUCCACUCAGCCUCCUCUGGCUCUCUCAUGACACCGGUGCUGUUGCCAUGACAGCACAGGCAAUGGUCUCCGCACAUUACCACACAAACUAUCGCCCAGUCUUCCGCACUACUUCCACCUCUGAUCCGUAUGUAGUGGGACUUACUCAUGAUGGUCGUGGGAUCCGUUUUGCAGAGAGUGGUACUGUGCGUUUUGUAUUCCAGCAGGCAUUGUACUCGAUGGGCCAGGCAUGUGUGAGCGAGGGCUUCCAACUUUUGGCAUACCUCAACCAUAAUGGGACCAGCAUGGAGCUGCUCCGUGCCUUUAAACCAGGUGUCCAUUACCGGGACACAUCAAUAGCUCUGUCUGGAGCAGCUCAAGUUGGCCCCGGAGACACGCUGGGUUUUGAAAUUCUCUCUCCUGCUCAGUGCAACGUACGCUUCUUUGGUGACGACACGGGUAUCAGUAUUCUCAGCUUGGUGUGGGUCCCCGCUGCAAUUUCUUCGUCUCUCUCUGCCUCUGUGGCUAACACCGGCCUUCCCUCAGGAGCAGUUCGGAACAAGCCGUUGUUCUUCCAACAGACCAGUCCUCAGGUGACCCAAAUGGAGCUGCUAGGGAAGGGAUCCACAGAUCAGAGACGAGAUUUCCUAUUCAGAGAGAGCGGUACAGCCAGUGUCGCUCUGGAUCUCAAACUCAUUCACUCAUGCAGCUUGAUCAAGGUGACUCUGCUCAGACGAAGUGAUUCAGAGGUUUCAGGAGAGGGACCGCGGCUUGUUCCUGUUGCCCAGCAGGUAGCUGGCCAGAUGUCCGAGGGCAGCCACUGGGCCAGUGUGAGUCUGCGAGCAUCCUUCCAGGUUCACAACGGCACUGCGGUUUUCUUCUCGCUGGACUGUGUGCGUGGACGAGUCAACCAGAUCAGCCAACAAACAGGAAGCGGGGUGUCAGUCCUCUGGGUGUCAGCAUAACGAAAGACAAACGCUAUAUUGCUUCUUGAUAUAGUUUCAAGCUCCGACGAGUAGAUAUAAAGAUAUUUAUAGGAUUUAUUGGCUUGAUUUCAAAGGAACGGUUUGACUUUUGGGAGACUUAUUCACUUUCCGGAGUGUUACAACGGAAGAUUGAAACCACUCUCAUCUGUAUUAAGAGAAAGUGUUACCCAGCAGCUUGUUAGCUUACUCCGAAAGGGGAGAGCUGUGGAAAUAACUUGUACCAAUGUCCAUAAGUAACCUGUGAGCACCUUUAAAUCUUACUAAUUCAUUUGUUCAGUCUAUAAACAGCAAAGUGUAAAAGCAAUAAUUUGUGGUUCUUAUGCAGUGUUGUGUAGUUGGCACCCCGUACUCCCAGUCUUUGUGCUAAGCUAAACUAAGCUAACUGAUAUCUGACUGGAGGCCAGAGUUAAUCACGCUUCCCAAACCUUCAAUUAUCCCUUGAUUUUGGUUUGAAUUUAAAAGAAAAUGUCUUUUUUUUAAAAAAAGCUAAAUGUGGACUGUGGCGAAUUUAAAAAUGUAGCAUCAUGCUUUAGUUAUAUUUAUAUAAUACAAAUAUUAAUGUUGUGCCGUGAGUUCUAAACAAGUGCAUAUGAUGGCUCAAAAACGCUGUAUUCACAUGAUAAUAAUUUUUCAUCUUUGGGUUAGUUCUUCUUUUUUUACAUUCCAGUAUUCCAUGUUUCUCAUUUGUCUGUUUUUUAUUUAUGUAGUUCAGUUUACUCUGUUGACGCCAAAGGACUUUUGGAUCAUUCCAGUUGUGACUGCAGCAUCUUCUGCUGGCACUGUUUCUCAUUCAGGAGUUUUCCUUAAGAGCAUGUGUUUCAUGUUAGCCACCAUUUUCUAAAUGGCUGAAUAUCUACUGCAUGUUUUGUUUAAUGACCAUUUUGUGCAUAUUAUGGACCUAAAGAAAAUCGCUAAGCCCUGUUGAAACUAAAGUGAUAUUUUAAAUAAUGUACUGGCUUUUAAUCCAAACUGAACUGUAAUGAAGUGUAUAUUUGAUGAUUUCUUGUUAAUCCAA